AAGUGCACCGAAGUUGGAUAUAGUGGUCUAUUAAAGAAUAACUGCUGAAUAAUAAAUUAAACAGGUAUAUAAUUGAUAGUAAUAGGGAAUAACUGAUUGCAUGAAGGUGAAGUGACAUGAUAUGUGGUGCUGUUCUGCUUCAUCAAAUCCAGAACCAAUGGCUGCAAUUCGAAAAAAGUUAGUGAUUGUCGGAGACGGAGCGUGCGGUAAAACUUGUUUGCUGAUUGUAUUUAGCAAAGAUCAAUUUCCAGAAGUAUAUGUCCCAACUGUUUUUGAAAACUAUGUGGCUGACAUCGAAGUCGAUGGAAAACAAGUUGAACUUGCCCUUUGGGAUACCGCCGGACAAGAAGACUACGAUCGCUUGCGACCUCUCAGUUAUCCUGAUACUGAUGUCAUUCUGAUGUGUUUUUCUGUCGACUCACCUGAUUCAUUAGAAAAUAUUCCAGAAAAAUGGACUCCAGAGGUGAAACACUUUUGUCCAAAUGUACCUAUUAUUCUUGUUGGAAAUAAGAAAGAUUUACGCAAUGACCCAAACACAAUCAAAGAGUUAAGUAAGAUGAAACAGGAACCUGUGAAGCCACAGGAAGGGCGUGCCAUGGCCGAGAAGAUAAAUGCCUUUGCAUAUUUAGAAUGUUCUGCUAAAUCAAAAGAAGGAGUACGAGAAGUAUUUGAGACCGCCACAAGAGCCGCAUUACAAGUUAAGAAAAACAAGAAGAAUCGGUGUUUGCUAUUGUAGAUUAUUUUGAUAUUCAAUAUCUAUUGUUUGCUAUACUGCCUAAAUGCAAAUUUAACUAUAUUUGAUGCAUCGAUUUGCUCUUUGUUCGGCACAGGAUAAAGGGUGAUUUUUGAAUUGAUUUCCUUUUGUUUAUGCAGUAAUUUGAAUUAAAUGGAAUGUACUCUCAGAUUUCUCAGGUCCCUUAAUCUUAAAAUCCGCAUGAAAUAUUUACAAGAGGAUAACUAAAACUGAGGGUACCUUAAACAUCCUGUUCUGUGAUUAUCAAUAGAUUUGUAAAGUGCCUAUAGAUAGACUAAAAUAUGCAACAGCAUCGAGUAUAGGCAGUGCGAUUAACAAUUUUAAAAUCAAUAUUAUGAGAUAAUUUUAAUCAAUUAUAUUACCAUUGUGGAAUUUAUUACAUAUGUGUUAUUGGGGCAUAAUUUACAUUAGAUUUUUAGAAAUGCAUGCGAUGUAUCAUGUCUACUAUAUUAAAUAAAUAAAAUUCCCUAUAUUUUACCAA